GAAACCAAAAUUCUUGCCUUAGCACACCUAGCUACCUUCUCCCUCUCUCCCUCUCUCCUCUCUCUCUCCUCUCUCCCUCUCGCCUUCUAUUCUCUCUUUCUUUUGUCUUCAUAUACGCAAACCCCAUAUCGAAAGUCACCCAACAAUCAUAUCAUGAAGUAAUAUGUAGUACAAGGCUUCUCCUUCUUCCUAUAUGGCAAAAAAGACUGAAGAUUUACACAUGGGUCUUACUUGUUCUUUCCUUUUAAAGCUACUCUUAGUGGUGGGGUUUGUCUGCCUUCUAUUGCUUGGAAGCUUAGGAACCGGAGAAGGAAGAAAAAUCCACCAUAGAGAUGAGAUUGACAGAGACAAGCCUAAUAUGAACCAACAAGAGCUGGAUUUCAACUACAUGAGCAAAAGAAGAGUCCCAAAUGGAUCAGAUCCUAUCCAUAACAGAAGAGCUGGAAAUUCAGGUCGACCUCCUGGCGAAGCCUAGUAGUGUUCUCGGAAUAUGACAAAGCUUCAUCAGCAACCUCGCAGAACUGAAGAUGACAAGCUUUUUCUCAGGAAAAUGAUAUUUUCACCCCCAAGGAACGAACAGAUCAAGAAGAAAAGUGAGGAGGAGGAGGACGAGGAGGAGGAGAAGAUGGCUUGUCUCAGAGAUAAUAAGCUCAAAAGAAUUGAAGGAGAGAGAUUAUUAAGUUUCUGGAGAAACUUCUCGAUUUAGCGACUAAGUAUGAGUGUGUAUGUAUAUAUAUGUAUUUUUUUUUUGAAAGGAUCGAUCGCUCUUGUUCUUAAAAGCUUUCAUAAGUACAGGUUACUUAUCGACUGACAA